AUGGGAUCAGAAUGCUUUGUUAAUUUACAAUAUUUGAUUAUAAGGAAAAUUUUACAUAAAGGGCCAUUCAAGAAAGUGGCCGACAAAGUCGCAGCUGCUGGAUUCUUUGUGGCCGUUCCUGACUUCUUGAAGGGGUAUCCUUUUGUUCGUGCAGAUACUAAAAGGCCUAUGAGCGUUUGGAUGAAAGAUCAUAGCACGGACGAGGGAUUUGAAUUUGCCAAAGUAGUGAUUCAAGAUUUGAAAAAUAGAGGCUAUUCUGCAAUAGGUGCUGCAGGCUUUUGUUGGGGUGCCAAGGCUGCAAUUCAACUCGCAAAGUGCAACUCUAUUAAGGCUGCUGCCCUCUUACAUCAAUCUUACGUCACUGUGGAUGACAUCAAAGGUUCAGAUCACUUCCAGGACUUGUCAACCAGACCCAAAGGGAUAUCAUUGAAUGUGAGAAUUUUGUCUUCUGGACAAGUGCACAAAGAAUGA